AUGGUCCACGUUAUGCAUUACAUCCUCGAGACGCCGCUGCAGUAUGGCGACGAAGAGAAGGAAGAGCUCGAGCGCAUGCACCUUCUCCACUACGAGCUCCAAGUGCUUCGCGGCGUCUCGUACGACCUGACGAUCGACCUUCCCUACUGCCAUUUGUACCAGCUCGUGAGUAAGCUGCCGCCGUCCUGUAGCGCCGUUGGCGACGUCUCUAAAGUCAUUUUGCGCGAGCUCUUUUGGACGACCAUGUGCAUCGACUACUCGGCCGUCCACCUCGCGCAAGCCAGCAUCGUGAUCGCGUGCCACAUCAAGCAGACGCGCUGCGAGUCGGCGUGGCUAUCGGACAAGCAGCACGCGGCCAUGGUGCCAUUACAGCGCACGACGAUGCUGGAGCAGUACAUGCAGCUGCACGCGUGGAAGAUGCAGCAAACGCGGCUCUUCCAGGCGGCCACGACCACCGACGACCAGAAACACCACUUCCUCGUGACCCAAAAGGGCGGGCUCACAUGGCCCGUGCACGGCUCGAUCGCAGAUCCUAGCGAAAUGACCAACCAGGUCGAGUCGCGGCCACCUCCGCCGCUCAAAACCCGAGCCCGGUCGCCCGACAAGGAGCGCGCACGGUCGCCGGACCGCCGCCACCGAUCGUCGUCCAAAGACCGUCGCAAGCCACGGUCGCCCGCCAAGGAGCGCAAAGCCUCGAAGCGGUCGCGGUCUCCGCGGUCGCGAUCUCCCCGGAAGCGGUCGUCGUCGCCGCGGAAGCGGUCGCGGUCGCCGUCGUACCGCAAAGCCAGCUACCACACGAAGCGGUACUCGCGCAGCCGCAGCCCGGACCGGGGCAGUCGCUACUACGCGUCGCGCCGCCGGUCGCCGUCGUACGACCGCCGAUCGCGUCGGAGAAAGGACGACUACGAGAGCGACUACAGCAGUAGCAGCAGCAGCGACGACGACGACCGGUACCGGCGCCGGUCGUCGACCAAGAAACACAAGACGAGUCGCCGCUAACCCAACACGAGUACGUGUUACACAAUAAGAACGCGUGCUUUUUACAAUUUGGCCGCCG